AUGUAAACUAUUGAAGAUCAGAUCAACUCUUGUAUGUCUAUGGCAAAUCUAACUAAAGAUAUAAGUCUAGAAUUACAAACAGAAGAAUAAUCAAUUGAAAUACAAUCAAUUGAAAUAAAAUAAUAAUUGAAUGGAGAUCCAGUUUAAGUUAAAUAUAGUGAAAACUAAUUAUAGGAAGAAAAUAUAAUGAAAUCAUAAUGGUAAGUGAUUAAUAAAGUUUGGAAUUGUUCUAUUUUUAAUUAAGAAGUCAUUUCUAAAGAAUUAUAUCAAAAUCUUAGUGAAACCUACUAUCUAUUAAACAAACUUCAUUAAAAAGCAAUUGACUUAACAAAAAUGUAUAAUGAAGUGGCUGAUUUUCUACCUCGUUUUUUCUAAGCCAUAAAAAUAACAUUUAUUGGUAUUUUACAACUUGAAUAAAUUGGAUUAAUUACUAAUGAUAAAGAUAUUAUGAGUAAAUCAAUAAAUGAAGAGUACAAUAUAAAUUUGAAUACAAAGAAAUUCAAUUAGAAAGCAAUUUGCAUAUUAUUGGAAUUUGUUAUUGCUCAUGUACUUUCACAUAUAUCAGUAUUGUUUGAAACAAUAUAAGUAAGAAGAGAAAAAUAAGAAUUAAGAUCUUUAGUAAUCUACUUAUCGAAACUACAAACAUGUCUUGAAUAAUUACCUGGAGCUGCAAAAUUAGAUAAUGAUGAUAUAUUUUGUUAUAAUAGAACAGAUCCCAGAUGGUAAGGUCUUAAUAGCAUUAUAAAAGAAGUUGUUUUAGGUACUAGAGAAUAGAUAUCAAAUUCAUAUGGAAAAGUAGCUGAAGGAAUAUUGUUAGCUAAUGCCAUGAUUUCUAAGGGAUCUGAAUUUAAUAAUGAAACUGCUAAAAAUGUAAUGCAAGGUUUUGGAGCAUUAUAUUAUUUGGUAGCAAAAAAAGAUGCUAAAUUAAAGGCUGAUCAUUUCAUGGCUGAACCAAAUAAGAAUUUAGUAUUUAAAGCCUGGAAUUUAGGAGAGAGUGGUUUUCUAAGUAAAUUAUUACCUCUUCUAUUUCCUAUGAUAACUUAUAACAAAAAGAUAUAUAUUCCAUAACUUUUUAAACGUUUAGUUUAAGACAACAUACUACGACAAUAUAAAGAAGAUAAAAUUAAUCGUAUUUAAAAUGAUUGUGGAGAAUGUAUAAACACUAAUUUACCCAAAUGUCCAGAAUUAUUUACUAAAAAUAAAGAGAAAAUACCUGUAAGAGUUUUAUGCCAUUAUAAUCUAUAAGAGAUAUAAACUGAUAGUUUUAUGUAGUAGUCUCUAAAAUUGCUACAAGGUCAAAAAGUAUUUGAUAAAAUAGUUAUACAUAUACAUGGAGGAGGAUUUGUAAGUAUGUCAUCUAGAUCACAUUAAACUUAUACUAGAAAAUGGGCUAAAAAUUUAUAAGUGCCAAUAUUUUCUAUUGACUAUAGAAAAGCUCCAGAAGAUCCUUAUCCUUUUGGUUUAGAUGAUUGCUGGUAAGCCUAUAUGUUUAUAAUGAACUACAUUGAUAAGUAUUUUAAUAUUAAACCAAAAAAGGUUGUAUUAGUAGGAGAUAGUGCUGGUGGUAAUUUAGUGGCUGCAUUAACUAUUUAAAUUAUUAAAUCUGGGGCAAGAAUCCCUGAUGGUAUUUUAAUGGCUUAUCCUGCAUUGUGUUUAGAUAUCAAACAGUUUACUCCAAGUUUAUUAAUUUCUUUAAAUGAUCCAUUAUUACAUCAUACUGUAUUGAAAUUAUGCAUUUCAUCAUAUGUUCCAGAACAAUUUGAUGCAAAAUUGGAUCCAUUGAUGUCACCAUCAAUUGCUAGUGACGAAAUUCUUGUUAGAUUUCCUCCAACUAGAAUUGUUUUAGGUACUAAUGAUCCAUUACAUGAUGAGAGUUUUAGAUUAGCUAAUAAAUUAUUGAAAUUAGGAAAAGAUGUUAAAAUAAUUGAAUAUAAAUGGAUGCCACAUGGAUUUUUAUCAUUUGAUGUUAUUUAAGGAAUGAAAGAAGCUGAAUAAACAGUGCUUGAUGCUUAAAAUAUAAUUCAAAAUCUCCUUACAUGUUGA